AUGGCCAACCAACAAUUUGAUAACCACUUCGGAAACAUGAACGGCAACGACGCUGUUGACCCUUCAAACCUCACUAUGCAGAACGGGAUGUUCAUGCCCUACUCCUUUGGAUCUCAGCAGAAUAUGUCCGCCAGCUUCAACAUGGGAAAUUCCGGUAUUGACACGGAUGAAUUGCUGGACCUUGACCUCAACGGACAAAAUGGCAUGUCACGCGCCGAUGGCAUGAAUUUCAUGCAUGACCAGCGACAAAAUCAGGGUCUUUCCAUGAGUCACCAAAGCCAGAUGACCCAAAUGUACUCGCAAACACCGGAAGGAGCCCCCAUGCACAGCCCGUUCUUGCAAAACAGUUUCAACUACGACCAGUUCCAGAUGCCUAACCAGGGCACUCCAUCUCACUUGAGUGCUCCUAACCACUUUGACCAUGGUUUCCUCAAUGGCAAGGCGCGCCCCAGCUUGCAAACCAUGGACCGUUCAAACUCUGACAGGACCCCAAUGACUCCCAAGACACCAGCCAUUGGUGCUUUGAACCUAAACACGCCAGACUCUGGAAGCUUUCCAUCGCAGCCUAUUCGUGCUGCCAAUCUCCAACAUAGGCACCAGAAGACCCUCUCUAAUCAAUGGGAUGGCACCCCGGGAAGUGCGCAGUCAUUCAUCGAGUCACCAAUUGCUUCGCCAAACCUCCACUCUCACCAUGCUGGAAUUUCGGAAAUACUCAAAUCUGGAAAACAUGCAUCCCUCCCUGCCAAGGUGGACAAUCCCAGCGCUCAGGCACUGGAAUCACAAGAGGCAAAGCGACGUAGGCGCCGAGCUUCCCACAAUAUGGUGGAACGACGUCGCCGUGACAAUAUCAAUGAGAGAAUUCAGGAUCUUUCCCACCUUGUUCCUCAGCAUCGUCUGGAGGAUGACAAAGUCCGCAAACAGCUUAUGAACAACUCUACUCUGUCUCCACCAGGCAGCAGCAUGAGUCCUCCUAAUGCCACUUCUUUGCUCGCUGGUGGCAACGGUCGUCGGGCAACAGCAGGAAAUAUCACCAUGGGACUUCCAAUCGAAGAGAAAGAAAAGGGACCCAACAAGGGCGAUAUUCUGAACGGUGCCGUCGGCUGGAUGAGGGAUCUCAUGUGGGCUCUUCACGUCAAGAUGCAACAAGAGUCAGAGUUGGCCGAACUCAUCUCAAAUCUCGGCGGAACGUGGCCCUUUGAACAGACCGAAGACGACAAGCGGAUGCGCACUGAGCUCCUUGAUGCGAUGGAGAAGAAUGAUCCCAAUACAUUCACUUACAGCCGUGCGCCAGGAAGUGGACUUCGCGUGCCCAAGCACACAAACAUUGCUGGAGAGACCGUACAAAACGGCUCUGGCCUUAGCCCGCAGAGUCUGAGCCCUGCUUUCCACAGCGGUGGCAGUGGAGCUAACAGUGGAGCGGGUCAGCCAGGGUACUGGGGCAGCUCUAGCAACAUUUUCAAGGAAGAAGAAGAGUACACGAUGGACAUGUGA